AUGAAAUCAAAUUCAUCGAUAACUUCAAUGAAAGAUUUCGUUUUUUCUUGGAAGUCCUUACCUGAUAAAGCUUCAAUGAUGAAUUUGAAUAUGCAUAAUCUCAAAUAUUGCGAAUCGUUAAUUUGGAAUGUAGCGAAGAAAGAUUUAUUAGGAAUAAAGCAUGGCACUACAGAAUCAUUUGCUGAUGCAUUUAAAGACCAAAAUAUCUGA